AAAAAACACCGGAAAAAGUUAACGUUGACGAUCAUGACUUCAUGAGGAAGAAAGAAGAAUAUUCAAACUCUUUGUAAACCCAUCCAUUGAUUCCUCCCUCCCAAUCACUUACUGAACCGUCGCAGCCCUUUCCCGUAGAAGUCACCAAGUUUUUUUUUUUUUCUUCUCUCUCCUGAAGGGUUUCUCGAAUUUGGUUGGUAAUUGCAAUGAUUCCAACAAGUUACUGGAGAUUAGGGUUUGCGGUGAUGAUUCUUCUCGCUCUGUUGAAUCGUACCGCGGUGGUAUGCGGUCGUCAGUCCACCGAGGAGGCGUACGUGACUCUCCUGUACGGCGAUGAGUUCUUGCUGGGAGUUAGGGUUCUAGGGAAGUCGAUUCGGGAUACUGGAUCCACCAAGGACAUGGUCGCUCUCGUCUCCGACGGCGUUUCGGACUUCGCCAAGAAGCUCCUCCAGGCUGAUGGUUGGAUUGUGGAGCUAAUUAGUUUAUUGGAAAACCCUAAUCAUGUGCGACCUAAAAGGUUUUGGGGAGUCUACACAAAGCUAAAAAUAUUCAACAUGACCAACUACAAGAAAGUGGUGUACCUUGAUGCUGAUACAAUAGUUGUAAAGAGUGUUGAAGAUUUGUUUAAAUGUGGGAAAUUCUGUGCUAAUUUAAAGCACUCAGAAAGGCUCAAUUCAGGAGUCAUGGUAGUUGAACCGUCUCAAGCAGUUUUUAACGACAUGAUGAGCAAAGUAAACUUGUUGCCUUCUUAUACUGGAGGAGAUCAGGGGUUUCUUAAUUCAUACUACACAGGGUUUGCUAAUGCACAUCUUUUCGAGCCAGACUUGCCGCAGCAAUGGUUACAUUCUAGGCGAAUUCCUGAGAUGGAGAGACUCUCAACUCUAUACAAUGCAGAUGUUGGCCUUUACAUGCUUGCCAACAAGUGGAUGGUGGAUGAGAAAGAGCUUCAUGUUAUUCAUUACACACUUGGCCCCCUUAAGCCAUGGGAUUGGUGGACAUCUUGGCUUUUAAAACCUGUUGAUGUCUGGCAGAAUGUUAGGGAACAGCUUGACGAAUCUCUUCCUGGAACUGGUGGGGGGAAAAACCCUAAUGACAAUCUUCUGGUCAAAAUUCUUUUUCUGCUCCCAUUAUCUUCUUUAAUGUUCUGUUACUACCGGUCCCUUCUUCAGAUAAGUUCAUUGGGCAAUCACAUUAGACAACUUUACAACAAGAUCAGAUUUAGGGGUGCGCUUGCUUAUUCUGCUGUUACUGCUAAUUCCAAUCAACAGUUCUCACAUGGAGCGCAAUCCAAGGUGCCUGUGUUUUUGGGUGGACUCUCCAUUUUUGUAUGCUUUGUGGCUACCAUGGUGUCCCUCGUACUUGCACUACUAAUUGUUCCUCGGCAAGUAAUGCCGUGGACUGGUUUGUUUCUGAUGUACGAGUGGACAUUCACUACCUUCUUCCUAUUAUUUGGAGGUUAUCUACGCUUGAUUUACCAGUGGGGAAGGAUGAAGGCAAAUCAAGUGGGAUCCAUUUCUUCUCAUAAUGAAUUUUCUGAUAAAGAUUCUCCAAAAGGACAUCAGCGGCAGGUGUCUUCUUGUGAUGUCGCGACAUGCUAUUAUGGGUUAGGAAUGGCGUUCUUGGCUAUUGCUGCCCCUUCAUUGCCUUGUUUAUUGGGUAUCACUGCCCUGUUUGUGAGGUUUGGUUUGAUGUUUGUGGGAGGUUUAGUUUUUGCGUCUUUUAUGACGUAUGCUUCAGAACAUAUUGGGAUUAGAUCAUUUCUGAGAGGUCUCGAAGAAAAGGAUAUACCACGGACAAAGAACUUAUGUUUCUUGUGCUGAAUGGAGGUUAAAUCUAACUAUCUAUUAUGAUAUGCUGCUGUAUCUUAUCUUUUCCCAUUUUAAAUGUGAUAGCAGGAUUUUGUUGUAAUAUUUUGCGGGGUUUUUUUUUAUCUUCAUUUAAUUUUUUCCCCCUCAUGAUCAGUUUAUUCUAUUGUGAGGCUCCUUCAGUGAGUCGGUGGGAAACCAAUUACAGAUUCUAGCUUUAGAGAUUUUACUAUUUUAGAUUCUCCCUUUAAGUGGAAGGUGUUAACUUGUUUGGUACUAUGGUGGCGGUGGGGUUAUCAAUUCAAGCAGUAUAGUUGCAUUGCUGAAAAUAAGUUGUAGUUGCUUUGGUGAAUAAUCCCACCACUGCACCAAACUAGUUAUCAGCUUCCUCCUAAGGCUUGAAUCUGUAACCUCUUAAGCCCAACUCUGUAAGUGGAUUCCAACAGUUACAGAAAAAGCGCCCACUUUUGUAAAGUUGUAUCUUCAGAAAAUGAAACCAGGAGAUCUGUGUUUA